AUGCAUACGCUGGGAAAUGCAGAUACAUGCCAAGAUUGUUUUGUUCAUUCUCGGGCAGCUUAUUACCCGAAUUCUGAUGAUAAAGGAACAGAAACGGGGCAAUGUGGUUACGGUACAUUUGGGUCUACGAUUAACGGUGGAGAUGUAUCAGCUGCAUCAAAUCUCUAUCAAGCUGGUGUUGGAUGUGGCUCUUGCUACCAGGUGAGGUGCACCAACAAUAACUAUUGCUCAGACAAAGGAGUAACUGUGGUUAUAACUGACAGUGGUUCCAGUCACAAUACAGACUUCAUUUUGAGCAGGCGAGCCUUUGGUCGAAUGGCUCAGAAUACGGAUGCAGCCACAUCUCUUUUAGCACUUGGCAUAGUCGAUAUUGAAUAUAGACGGGUUCCUUGCAGUUACCCAAACAGAAAUAUUACAUUCAAGAUUGACGAAAAUAGCAACAACCCUCAUUACCUGGCUUUUGUAAUUUGGUAUCAACAAGGCAGGAAAGAUAUAACUGCAGUGCAACUAUGUGAGACACAAAACUUUGAAUGCAGGCUACUCGAUAGGACGUAUGGAGCAGUAUGGACAGCAACCCCACCACCUAGUGGAUCUCUAUCAAUAAGGAUGUUAUUUAGGGACGACAAUGGAGACGAGACAUGGGUAGUUCCAGUCAAUAACAUACCUCAAAACUGGAAACCCAGCGACACAUAUGACUCGGGAGUGCAAGUGAAUGCCUAA